AUGGGCGAGUGCCGUCACACCAUCGUUGAUGACCAACACACUGACUGGGUCUCUUGCGUCCGCUUCUCCCCCUCUGCCAAGCAGCCUCUGAUCGUCUCCUGCGGUUGGGAUAAGCUCGUCAAGGUAUGGUCUCUUGAUAACGGCAAGCUCCGUAUCAACCUCGCCGGCCACACUGGCGUCCUCAACAACGUGACCAUCUCCCCUGAUGGAUCCCUCUGCGCUUCCGGUGGUAAAGAUGGUGUUGCUAUGUUGUGGGAUGUCAACGAAGGCAAGCAUUUAUACUCCCUCGAUGCCAACAGCAGCAUCAACGCCCUCUGCUUCUCCCCUAAGAACUACUGGCUUUGUGCUGCUACUGAUGCCGGUGUCAAGGUGUGGGAUCUCGAGACUAAGAACGUUCUCGAGGAGAUCACUCCCCCGGCUGAGUAUAAGUCGCCUCUCCCUUGGGUUGUCUCCAUCUCUUGGUCUGCUGAUGGCAACACUCUCUUUGCUGGUAGCACUGAUGGCAACAUCUAUGUCUACGAGAUCGCCAGAUCGUAAAUAUGAAGGAUCGUAUUAACGGCGCCUCGACGCGUCCAUCUGAGGUCGUCUUCUUCUGUGAGGAGGUUCCUUGGAGUGGUAGAUUUCUAGUGAGCCAAGUGGCCUGUUUGACAGUUGUGUUAUAUAAAUACUUCAAUC